GGACUUAUUGAUGGGUUUACCAUUACCUUGCCCACCAUCUAUAACAAUGUUGCGUUUGAUUUGGACUAUUUGUAAAUAGUCGCGCGUCCACCGUGAAAGUAUGCAAAGUUUUUUGUAGUAAAUUUGUACUGUGCGUGUGUGCGGUUUAAAUUUUCCGAUACGUGAUCGGUAUAUUGCUGUGACCAGUAACUGUUUCGGAAUCAUGCUUUGCUUUAAUUGACCUUUAAAGUGAAUAAUCGAAAUGGCAGUUGGUACAGUAUUAAUACCAAAUUGUGUCCCAACAAGAUCCCUAAUAUGGCUGAUGAUUUUUACCGGAACUUUGACACUUUACAUCCUAAGAACCAACAUGUCGCUCAUCAUCCUAGCCAUGGUUCACUCAGAGCAAAAUUCAUCAAGUUCAGUUCCAGAAUGUAUCGCCAAAGAUCUCAAUUCGAGCAUCAUAUUUAAUAACUCUAUUAUGGCCGAGGCAUUAGUGAGCACUAACGAUGAUGCCGUUGAAAACGGUUAUAACACAUUUAAUUGGGAUUCCAAGCUUAAAGGUUUAAUAUUAGGAGCAUACUUUUGGGGUUUUGUCGCUUGUACUAUUCCAGCAGCAGCCGUAGCUGAAAAAUAUGGGCCAAGGAGGUGCAUAGCGAUUUCUUUUGCUUUUAGUUCAGUCUUAACGCUACUUGGACCACUGUGUGCAAAUUAUCACCCUUAUGCCUUGAUUGCCUCUCGGUUUUUUAUUGGACUGCUAGCGGGCGUGGUGUAUCCCGCAAUACAUUGUCUGAUUUCAAAGUGGGCUCCACCUGCAGAAAAGGGCAAAUUUAUUAGUGCAACCUUAGGAGGUUCGUUGGGUACUGUGUUAACAUGGCCACUUCUUCUUGGAAGCAUUAUAAAGCAACUAGGUUGGACUUGGGCCUUUUACAUAUCCGGCAUACUGGUGUUACUCUGGACAAUUUUAUGGAUUGUGGUAGUAUACGAUAGUCCAAAAGAACAUCCGUGGAUCAAAUCUGAAGAACAGGACUAUAUAGUUGGUAAUUUAUCUGGAACUGUUUCUAAUAAAAAACGUACUCCACCAUAUAAAUUAAUAUUUUUCUCUAUUCCUGCUUGGGCUCUAUGUGUGGCCCACUAUGGUAACCUUUGGGGCCUAUUUUUCUUAAUGACAGUAGGACCCACAUUCAUGUCAACAGUCUUGGGAUUUGAUUUAGGGAAAACUGGCUUUUUGGCUGCAUUACCUUACCUAGCCAGGAUGCUUGCCGGUUUUGUUUUUGGAAGUAUAGGCGACAUGAUUGUCAAAAGGGACCUUAUGAGUAAAACCAACAUAAGAAAAAGUUUCACUUUAUUUUCGCACCUGAUUCCAGGGUUUUUUCUCAUAGCGCAGACUUUUGUGGGGUGCCACGCCUCUUGGGUGAUAACUCUUAUUACAUUAUCACUAGCCUUUAAUGGUGCGAGUACUAUAACAAAUCUGUCUAACUCUCAGGAUUUAGCUCCGAACUUUGCUGGGAGUAUUUAUGGUAUUAUUAACUGUAUUGGAAGUACUUCUGGGUUUAUUAGUCCCAUUAUUGUGGGACAUCUGACGGCGGAUAAUAACGGUCUAAAUGAAUGGCACACCAUCUUCUACAUAGGAGCAGCGGUUUAUAUCGGGUGCGGCAUUAUUUUUAUAAUAUUCGGCUCGGCUGAAAUUCAGCCUUGGAAUUUUACUGAAGAGGAGCAAAAUUUCGAAACCCCCAAGGUGGAAGAAGGAGUUGAUAAUGUUGCAUUUGAAACAGAUCAAAGCAGAGUGUGAUAUAUUUUUAUAUAAGUAACGUUGAUUGUGAUAAACGUUUUUUUAUAUACUUACUUUCAAGAUUGACUGAACAUUUAUUACGUAUUUUAUAAUAGGUAUUAUUUUUUUAAAUGUUCUAGUUACGUGUUUUUUAAAAUAAAAUGCAUUUUACGUU